UACGGAAGCUGCUUCGAACAGCAAAUACCUCAUACACGCCCCUCGCAGCGAUUGGUCAGAACUUCCGUUUCGUCACUUUUUCCCAUGAUCCAGUUCGCACGAAUGUCUCGUAUUCUCUCGUGUGUUGGAGAGUGCUAGUGUAACGAAGGCUGCCGGCGCGUAAGGACAUAGUUUGUCGACGUGCAUUGGAUGCAUUCAGAUACUGUGUUUCAGCCCAAGCCAUGACUUCGAAUUACGUGGCAGCUGAACAAAAUAUGACCGAAUUAUCAAAUUAUUCGUUGAUGUCAAAACAAGCAGUGGACUCCAUGCCUAUAAGAAAAUCUCCAACAGAUAUGUGCUUUUCAGACUUAGGUUAUCAAAACCGUUUUAUACCGCAUCAACAACAGGAUUCGGCACAUCAGAGCAUGCCUUAUGGUUCUACUUCACCUUUGUAUUAUGCUUAUCCCCCUGGUUAUAGGGCUACACCACCCGCUGCUAGUUCCGAAGAAUCCCAAGAGAUUCCGGGAGUCGAAACGAGUGAAGUUGCUGGAAAGAGGAAUACAGAUUUUGGCAUGGAUUGUGCUGAUUCUGGAUCAGACAUAUCGCCUUUGGCAUCACCCGCUGUUCAACAGAAGGUAUCGAGAACGCAAGAACAGCGAAUUCGACGUCCUAUGAAUGCUUUCAUGGUAUGGGCCAAAGUAGAAAGGAAACGUCUCGCGGAUGAAAAUCCGGAUUUACAUAAUGCAGACUUGAGUAAAAUGCUAGGUAAGAAGUGGAGGAGUUUAACCCCCCAAGAAAGACGUCCUUAUGUUGAAGAAGCUGAGAGAUUAAGAGUGCAACAUAUGCAAGAUUAUCCCAACUACAAAUACAGACCGAGACGGAGGAAAACAUCUAAACGUGGAAGUCGAAAACUUGCUGGAAAUUCCCCAUCAUCUCCUCAAUCAUCAUUAUCAUAUUCUUCUGGUUUAGGAGCAGAAUAUGCUUUUCCCGGAGAGAUUGGUAUGAACUAUUCUGGCAAUCUUAUGCCGAAUUCUUCUGAAUUUUGUGGAAUCCAAACACCCGAAUCUUCACCUCAUGGGAGUCCUUGCUCUGAAGCUGUUCAUCCAAGAAGAAACGAAAGUUCUUACCAACCUUCAUACGCAGCGCAAUCCGAAGCACCAUCUGCUCCUGUUUCUGCUGAUCCGUUAAUAAGGUCUCUCCCUACACCAGAAAUGUCCCCUAUAGAGCCUUGUGAACAAGAAGGUUUCCAGUUUGCCAGUGGAAAUAAAGAAGCUGUUGAUCUAUCUCACGGCCCUACAGUGGAGAAUCCAGUCAGCCAAUUGAUGUCCAAAUUUAGCGAAUCUUCUACCUUCUUAAAGAACAUCCGUCCUCCCUUCCGGCAUCGUAUGACUCAAGUUGUGGGUCCUCAAGGACUUUCGAGUAAUUUACCGACUUUGAGAGCUUUAAUUACAUCAGGCACAUGUGGUUACACACCAGGUUGUGGUUAUAUAAAUCAACAAUCUUAUUAUCACCAAUCAAAAUCACCGAAUUGUUCAGAUAGACCAUCGUGUGCCUUACAAAACGGGAUUUCAGCCUAUCGGCCUCCUUCUUACUAUCAUCCGUCCGAAUUUCAACCAUACUAUUCCAAUGAGCAGUCGUAUACGGACUCAGAAUAUGUAGCUGAUGUCGAUAGAAAUGAAUUCGAGCAAUAUCUGAAGACGUCUCAAAAUUAUCCCGGUGGUUACAGUUACGCCCAAUCGCAUUAUUCUUAUCAACAAGGAUGCGAAGGAGAAGCAUCGAUCUAUCAUCAAGAAGACUGUUCGCAGUCGGAUGUCUCGUACGACACCAACCAUACUUCCGUCCCUAAUACAUCAUCUAUGCCUAUGUACGGGAGUAACGUUACAGUAAAAUCUGAGCCUUCUACAGAAUCUGCUUCUGCACUUAUCGAAGCAUUAGCAGCUACGCGACACAUAAUGUCGUGAUUUAACCAAAACUAUAUUGCAAGGACUAGAGACUUCGAGACAUUUCUUUGUUGCUACGAAUUGUAGAUUGUGAUGUCUAACUUUUAAUAUCAUCACAUGAAAAGUCUGCUUCGUUGAAGGAAGCAAAAACUAUUUACAAAUACAUAAAGAGUGAAAAUUUUCCGUUCAGUGUGUAGAAGUGAAGAUGAUUUCUGUUUCGAAGCUUCAUACUGAAACAUGGGUUUGUAAAUGAAGCCUACAACGAGGUAACUAGAAAAUCAUGUGAACUCGGAUAUUUUGACUAUUGAAUACUUUUGCAUUUCACUCCACAUUUGUGGAAAUUAAGACUUGAUACUUUAUAUGGAGGUUAUAUUUUUAAAAAUUUAUAUUACUCGGUUCCUAAAUCAAAGAAGAGACAAGGUAUUACCUAUUUUACAUUCAUAUCCGAAUUUAUACAUUAUUUUAGUUUUAUAAGUACGCUAUAGCUGCUUUUAAGACAUUCUUUCUAUCAAUUAAUUAAAGAAAACACCUCUUAUAUCAAAGUCUGUAUACAUUUACAUCUUAUCUAUAUUAUUUUUUCUUUGCCUCCUAUCAUCAUAAUCAGUAUUUUUACUUGUAUAAAAUGUUGUAAACGAGUUGUUUUAAGAGGUUGUAUGUACAGUGAAGUAUAAUUUUAAUGAAUUGAGUUUAGUAAGAAUAAGUUAAAUAAUCAUUUUUUGUGAAGUGCCUUGGAAAAUGAAUCCAAUAAAUGAAUAUUGUGCCUUUCGUCAAAGGAAACGGUCAAACGUUAUUCAUCCAAAGAACAAACAUAAAAUAUAUAUUUGAAAAUAAAGGAAGACAGGAUGUGUGCCUUCAAAACCGUAGCCUACUAUAUAGAAUUUAUAACGGUUUGACAUAUAGAAAGAGGCCAUCAUAUGCGUUGAAUGUAUAUAUAUAUAUGCAGAUUCUGUAUCUUAUGUAAGUAAACACGUGUACAUUUAUCUAAAAAGUUAACGAUAAUACGUCAGAAUUUGCUCAGAAAUUAAUUUAAAAAAUUUUUAAUAAAGUUUUUCUCUGAUGUUUCUACCUGUCUCAAAUGGAAGCUCGUUUAUAUACGAGUUUCGGAUAAUAUUUUAUGUUUGUAAAUGAUCUUUAUAAAGUACUCUAGAACUUAUUUACUAUAUAUAUGGGAGGAGGUUUUUCUCACUGUUAAAGUUGUAUUAUAUGACAUUCUAUCAAUGCCUGUAGUCUAGUAAAAAAACAAGACACAAAUCAAAAUGCCUUAUAUGUUCUUGUAAACCUCUUCCUUAAUAUCGAAUUUUUUUCUACUUGCACCACAAAAGAUCGUCUUCCCAACGAUGUGUACAAAAGAUUUAAAAUAUAAUGUUAAAUUUUCAAGUGUUUGUAUAACGAUGUUUCGGCGGGAAAUGCUGAUUGUUGUACAAGAGAUUUUUCCACAUUAAAAUUGUUCAAUGGAAA